AUGUCAAGCGUACCAAAAGCCGUCCUUUAUUAUUCUUCAGAGUCCAUAUGGUCUUCCGCCGUUCACCUCUCGUUAGAGGAGAAGGGAUAUGGAGCGGAUGAGGUCGAUCUUCGCGUUGUCGACUUGGGCGAGUUCUCGCUUACCAGACUGCAUGAUUCCGUAUACUCAACCAACUGUAACUCUUUAGACAAGGGUGAAAACUUUGCUCCAUCAUUCCUUCGUCUCAGUAACAAAGGCCUUGAAGUGACAACAUCCUUAGCAAUGGUCCCAACUUUGGUCGUUCCACUCCAGAAAACGCUAUCUGAGGACGUGGAAAGUCGGUACCGAGCGAUUACCGAAAGCAAGGCUAUCAUUGAAUUUCUUGAUAAAUCCCGCUCACCGUGGUCGCAAACCCAUACAACAUCCUCAGCUCCUGCACCAUCGUUGACUCCAGCGACUAUCGCCUUUACGGAAACUUCAGCCGAAUUGAUAGAACUCGUCCAUACCGAUGAAGUCAAUCCCAACAACCUCGAAUAUAUGAACGCUCGAGACACGGAUUCGUUGAAGAACUUGGCUCGUGAAAUGCUGCCGGUGUUGCAUACACGUAGAGCUGUCUUAUCAAAGUAUAUCUCUGAUGCUGACAGCGGCAAAAUCCAAAUUUCCGAGAAAACCACGGCGCUCUGGAAGGAGAAAAAGGCCGCGACAGAGGUACUGCUGGGGCUGUAUAAGAAUGCAGAUGUUUCAGAGUCUGCGUUGAAUCCAGAAGAGAAGUCCAAGAGAGCCGAGUACUUCGAAAUGGCGAGAUGCGCGCGCGCCUCGCUGGGUCGUGCUCUUCUCAGAUUACAGAAGGAUAUCAUCGGGCCCUUUGCUCUUGGGGACCAAUUGUCGAUUGCUGACAUGCACCUCUCCGCCUGGUUGGCAAGUAUAGUCAAGCUCGCCGGAGGCGCUGCGACAGACAAUGGCUCUGCGAUGGUUGGGAGACUACAGGAAUAUAUUGGAACGGAGUUCAUACUGGGAAAACAGGGUCGAUUGUCUCAGUACUGGGAAGCCAUGAAGGAGAGGCCCAGCUGGAAGAAGGUGUAUGCCGAAGGAUUGCAUUGA